AUGGGUGGAUGCUUAGAUAGAGAAAGAGAUAAACGAAGAAUUUUAGAAUAACUAUCAUAUUCUUAAAGGCCCAUUCUUAAACAAUCAAACGAAUUCAACUAUUAGAGGCAAAUUUAAUCAUAAUCAACAAAGAGUUAGCAUAUUGAGGUUCAAUAACCUCGAUAUAGUCUUUUAAAAUAUUCACAAAUAUCGAGUAAAUAGGGAAAUCAAUCAGUUAGAAGUGAUAACUAAUCCUAUUAACAUAUCAAUCAAAACAAUUAAUUUAUCUUAUUAUAGAGAGGAGAACUUAGAUAAUUUUUGAAAACAAAUCAUAUGGGAAUAGAUCAGAUUAUAACUAAUCCAUUAAAUCCAAGUUAAUUGAUUAUAUGCUUUGAAUAAAAUGAUAUCACAGAUACAUAAAUAAGUGAGCAGGUAAUUUCUAACAGUAAUUUUCACAAAUUGUAUAUGGAUAUUAAAGAUUUUAUUGGGUAUUUGCAUUAUCUUAUUGUAGUUAGCCAGACAAAAAAAUAGUUGGGAUCAUUCUCGAGAACAGAAACUAAAUUUCAGUUUUAUAUAAGAAAUUAAAUCCAAGAUAAGCAAUGAAUAACACAAUUGAAAUUCAGCGUAUUUAUUUACUUUUAAUUUUAGUGGUUGAUAGUGUUAGCUAAGAUUAAUUAGAAGAAAUUAUUAAUGAGAGAAUGUAGGAUAAUCUUAUAUGCUGCACUAUUUUACAAUUUCCUGAUUGUGCGUUAUUAGUUUUUUAAACUUGUAGAAGAUAAAUACAAGCUCUAAACGUUAUAUCUUUAGAAAUGCAGUAACUAAAUUCAAUAAACCUCUCUUAAGAAAUUGCAGGAAAAGUUGAAAUAUUAUAAAGCAAUGAUGUAAUAACAUAAAAUAGAUUUAGGAAUUUGAUUUUAUUAGUCUGUUGCCUGAUGUUAAAAAUAAAUCUCUCUAUAUUUUAAUGUCGAUUAAAUAAAUAUGA